AUGAGCAUGUCGAAUAGCCCAGCACGGCGGGGGAAGCCCAAGAUCAGACCGCCCAAGAAGAUCGGCCCAGAAACGUCCAUGAAGGACACCUGGACCAAGCUGUCUUACGCGAUCAAGGAGAUUCAGAACCAUAACGUGUCCAAGUUGAGCUAUGAGGAGCACUAUCGCUAUGCCUACAAUAUGGUGCUGUACAAGUCCGGUGACCAGCUCUAUAACGGCGUUCGCGAGCUCAUCACCGAGCACCUCAACCAUCUUGCCGAAGAACUCAUUGUUCCAGCCUUUCCACGGUCGGGGGGUACGGCGGGUCUAGGGCGCUCAAGCGGAGGUGGUGGCGGCGCCGAGGCGGUCGAGCGGGCAUUGGAGGGGGAGCGAUUCUUGAAGAGCGUGAAAGGCGUAUGGGAGGACCAUACAGGAAGUAUGAGGAAAGUGAAGGACGUCCUACGCUACAUGGACAAAGUCUACACCCAAGCACACUCCGUUCCGAUCAUAUACGAAGUCGGGCUCCACCUCUUCCUCUACACCAUCAUCCGCUCCACCUCCCCGCCUAUACAUACCCACCUCAUCGGCUCGCUCCUUUCGCAGGUCCAAUUAGAGCGUGACGGGGAGACCAUCACGCGCACGACGGUGCGCGAUUGCGUGGAUAUAUUGCUGCGCCUCCAGGAUCCAGCGGCGCCGGGUGCGGGCACGCAGCGGGCGUUGUCAGUGUAUCAGACGGACUUUGAGCCGGAGUUUCUAAGAAGGAGUGGGGAGUUUUAUGAGGCUGAGGCGGGGGAGGUAUUGGAGAGAGGGGAUGCGAGUGUGUAUCUGAAGAAUGUCGAAAAACGCCUAUCUCAAGAAUCAGAUCGAACAGCGCACUACCUAUCCCCCUUGACCUCUCCCGCCCUGCUCGCCUUGGUAGUCUCCAAGCUUCUGACCCCUCACCUGACCGCUAUCCUCUCCAUGCCCGGAACAGGUCUCCGGCCUAUGCUGGACGCGGACCGCCUGCCUGAUCUUCGGCGUCUAUACACCCUCUUCAUCCGCGUUCCGGAUGAUGUGGGGCGGAAUGCCCUGCGCACGGCUUUGAAGGGCGAUAUCGAGGAGAGGGGGAAGCUUAUCAAUGAGGGUGGCGUUAUACCUGCUGGCGCUGGGCCAAGCCAGGAUGGCGCGGCCGCGGAGGGUGGCGCGGAGGACGAGGAGAUGGAGGGGAAAGGAAAGGGGAAGGCGAAAGAGAAGGGCGGUGGUAGUGAGAAGGCUGUGGGUGGAGCGGGCGCAUUAUCGCUUGCGCUGGGAUGGGUGCAGGGGGUGUUGGAUCUGAAGGACAAGUUCGAUAGGGUGCUAGAUGAGGCGUUUGGGGGAGAUAAGGCGAUACAAACGAGUAUCAACGAGGCCUUCCAAACCUUCAUCAACGCCAACCCUCGAGCACCCGAGUAUCUUUCCUUGUUCAUCGACGAACACCUCAAGAAGGGCACGAAAGCGAAAUCAGAAGACGAGAUCGAGAUCGCCCUCGAAAAGACAAUCAUCCUCUUCCGCUUCUUGUCUGAUAAAGACAAGUUUGAGCGAUAUUACAAGACACAUCUCGCAAAGCGGCUAUUGUAUGCUCGGAGCGCGAGCGAUGAUUCUGAAAAGGGGAUGGUGGCUAAGCUCAAGAUUGAGAUGGGAUUCCAAUUCACUCAAAAGCUGGAAGGUAUGUUUACAGAUAUGCGAAUAUCGGCCGAAGGGGCGAACACAUUCCGGAACUACCUUAAUCGACAUGGGGCCCUCCCCCUCGACCUCCAAGUCUCAGUCCUCACGACGUCCCACUGGCCCCCAUCCGUCAUCGCCACCUCACCCCUCAUCUUCCCCGCCCCGCUCACCAAUACCACCUCCGUUUUCCAGGCAUACUACGACUCGCGCCAUUCCGGCCGACGCCUAACGUGGCAAGGGAACCUCGGGACGGCUGAUGUCAAAGUCAGGUUCAAGAAUCGGAGCCAUGAUGUGAAUUGCUCGACGCAGGCUUUGGUGGUCAUGCUGGCUUUUGAGGAUGUGAGGGGGGAAGAGACGCUGGGAUAUUCGGACCUGAAAACUAUCACGGCACUCCCCGACGCAGACCUUGUUCGCACGCUCCAAUCCCUCGCUUGUGGCAAAUAUCGUAUUCUCUUGAAAACGCCCAAAGGCCGCGAAGUGUCUCCGUCCGAUACAUUCGCAUUCAACGAGGCGUUUACGUGUCCGCUGGCGAGAAUAAAGAUUAUGCAGGUCGCGGCGGCGAGGGUGGAGACGGGGAAAGAGAGGGAAGAGACGGAGGGGAUGGUGGAGGAAGAACGCAAGUUCCAGAUUGAGGCGUGUAUUGUCCGGGUCAUGAAGAAUCGGCAGACGAUGGGGCACAAUGACCUCGUUUCGGAGGUGGCACACCAGCUAUCCAGUCGGUUCAUACCGACUACUUCGCUCAUCAAGAAACGGAUAGAGGGGUUGAUCGAUCGAGAGUACCUGGAGCGGGGAACAGAUAUCGGGACUUACAGAUACCUAGCAUAG